CCCAUAUGGGCCUAUGCGCUGUAAAGCUGACCUUUCCACAUAGCACUCGCUGCCAUUGUCUGGGCCGUAUCUGUCGUCGAGGUAAAUAUGGGCGUUAUAUGCGGCUGUCUGCAUGGCGUCCGCGCCGUUGUCUCGCUGUCUCCGGGUAUAUUCUCGUCGGAAUACCGCGAAAACCAUCACCCUCAGCAUCAUUACACAAAUGGCGGCGCAGCAUUCGAAACCAUCGAUCUGCGCAACAGGUGUGGCAGCUCUACACUAAGGCGAACAGACCAGGCGUGGAUACACGACGUUCUCGGUAGUAAACCGAGACAUGGAGCGUCGAACAUUGUCGCGAUGGAAUUGAACGACCGCGCAACCCUAAAGCGGAGUGGAUCCUCUCGCAGUGACUGUAUGGGUGUCAAUACGUGGAUCACGACUGGAUCUCGGGACUCACAGCUACCGAAGACUGGCAUCGAGCUCACGACCGAGGUGAUGACGGAAUAUGGAUGUGGCCCGUCUAUGACCUCGAGAAGCCUCAGCCUCAAGGCACGCAACUCGGCUGAUGAGUUGAUCGUAUCAUCAUCCCGUGAAUCACGGUGAAAUUUAUAAACAGUGAGAGGCAAACAUAAUCACAAUGAAGUAGCGGGUGGCAGAGUAAUGAAGGUUCCCAUCCCAGUCGACCGAAUUCCUCUCAUUCUUCCUCACACUGUACAUAGAGUGUCCUCCACACGCACCUCUGGUCUUCACCCAAACGCAUCUUCUCUCCACCAUGCGUG